UCGGUGGGCGGGACUAAGAUGUGCGCGCUCUUCCUUGCUGGCUUGUUUUUCAAUCAGGUCCGAUCUGGGUUUAUAUAAGAGAACCUCAGCCCAUGUUUGAGUGAUAGUGUUUUUGAUUUUUAAAUACAUUCCUGCAGUAUGUCUGGAAGAGGCAAAGGCGGUAAAGGACUCGGGAAAGGAGGCGCCAAGCGUCAUCGCAAAGUGCUCCGUGAUAACAUCCAGGGCAUCACCAAGCCUGCUAUCCGCCGCCUGGCUCGCCGCGGAGGAGUGAAGCGAAUCUCCGGGCUGAUCUAUGAGGAGACCCGCGGGGUGCUGAAGGUGUUCCUGGAGAAUGUGAUCCGGGAUGCCGUCACCUACACUGAGCACGCCAAGAGAAAGACCGUCACCGCUAUGGAUGUGGUGUAUGCGCUGAAGCGCCAGGGGCGCACUCUGUACGGGUUCGGGGGUUAAGGAUUUGCAUCGGCUACAUUUGAACACAAAGGCUCUUUUCAGAGCCACCCACUGUGUCAAGCAAGAGUUUAAAUCCGUUUAUUGAUUAUUCGUUUUGUGUAGUAGGAGAAGAGCUUUGGGAUAGGGUUUGGAAUCUAUCUAUCGCUCUUUGACUACAGUGACAUAGAAAAACACGUUUUCUGAAUUUGUUACAAGAGCUUGCAUUAAUGAAGUACAGAAUGUAUGAACGGGCUCGUGUAAAUAUUGUGGUUACUGAGAAGGAGAUAUUGUUCUAGAAUCUUGGAAACGCCGCUGCUUAACAAUUACAGAAACUGUUGCUAUAGAAAUAGAACAUUCGAAGUGCAUUAUCUUAAUCUAUAAUGUCUGCAGUCAGCUGUUACAGACCUGCCUUCGAUAGCUCAGUUGGUAGAGCGGAGGACUGUAGUGGAGAAGCA